AUGAAAAAUGAACAGAAUUAUACAACGGGGAAGGAGUUUCAUCUCAUUGCAUUCUCCAGCUGUGGAAUAGACACUCAUAUAAUGUUCUUUGUCAUUUUGCUAAUUUACCUACUAACCAUGCUUGGAAACCUGUUUAUUAUUAUACUUGUAUAUUUAGAUUACAGAUUGCACACUCCCAUGUAUUUCUUUCUGUGCAACCUGGCAGUCCAGGACAUUAUGUUUGUUUCUGCUAUUCUGCCAAAGCUGAUAGCCAUCACAAUUACUGGGGACAACAGUAUUUCUUUUAUUGCCUGUUUAACACAGGUUUUUAUGUUUGCAAUAUGUGUCGAUACAGACUUUUUCUUACUGGCAGUCAUGGCAUUUGAUCGUUUUGUGGCUAUUUGUAUUCCUUUGCGUUACUACUUCAUCAUGAGCCCAAGGCUAUGUAUCAUCCUGGUAGCAACUCCAUGGAUUUUGUAUGUCUGUAAUGGCAUUUGUUACUGUUUUCUAUUUUCUGCUCUAUCAUUCUGUAAGUCACAUGAUCUAAAUUACAUCUUUUGUGAUAUUAAAACUGUGUUAGGGCUCUCCUGCAGCAAUACCGCACAUAUUCAGACAUUAAUAUCAGUUGAAGCUGUUGUCUUUGGGUUUCUUCCUCUUACAUUCACUCUAACAUCCUAUGUGAACAUCAUCGCAACCAUCUUAAAGAUAAAAUCCUCAGCUGUCAGGCUCAAGACUUUCUCAAGCUGUUCCUCUCAUCUCACAGUUGUAUUAAUGUUCUGUGGGACAUCCCUUAGCUUGUAUGUGAAACCUAAUUCAGAAGAUUCUCAAGAACUAGACAGACUGAUUCCUUUUCUUUAUGUUGGCCUUGUUCCAAUGUUAAAUCCAAUAGUCUACAGCUUGAGAAAUAAACAGGUAUGGUCUGCUACCAGGGCAGUAUAUGGUAAAUUCAAGAAACAGAUUCUGAAGAUGCAUUUUUAUAUACAUAUGUAA